AUGGUUUUCUGCACAUACUGCGGACAGUCCUUCACCAGAGACGAACACCUCGAACGUCAUAUCCUUACGCACACCAAUGUGAAGCCAUUCAAGUGCUUCACCUGCCAUAUGAGCUUUGCCCGACGAGACCUUCUGCAAAGACAUUACACCGUCCACGGCCGCAACCAAAAUAACGAAGAAGGUCUCCCACCCCAGGGCAUAAUACCAAAGUCGGCCGGUCGCACACCCAUUGCCUGCAGUAACUGUGCAAAGACCAAGACCAAAUGCGACAAAAAGUUCCCCUGUACCCGGUGUGCUCAGAGGAACCUGAAAUGCACGCUGCGUCCUACGCGGCGGGCAUCCAAGGGUGUACAGCGUGUCGGUGGUCCGGCUGAAGCCAACAGCGGAGACUCGAGCGAAAGCGGGAGCACCACUGAGACCCAAAACCCGUCUGGCAACGCUUCUCCCAACCAUGACCCACAAUCACAGCAACCGACUGCUCAGUCGUCUCCUUCUCAGAUGCAGCAAUCACUCCAGCUAUCCAAUGGACAGCCUCCAUCCCAACGACCAUCCCAAUCACCAUCGGCGACGCACUCGAGGAAUCCUUCGGUUUCCCAGCCAGUACAGCCACCACCACACAUCAGCCCCGAGAAGAAGACACUUCAUUUGCAGCUUACUCAUACACCGCCAUUCUUUGACCAGUCUCCCUCACACGCGCUUUCCCAGGCCCCUUCGCUGCUCUCGCCCCUACCCACACCCGUUACUGGCAUGAACAGCUUCGUCUCUUCAACGCCCAUGUCUGGCUACGACGACUUUGUUCGGACUGUGCGUGAUCAGGGCGACACUGACAGCCCCCAGUUCAUGAUGGAUCCAUGGCACAACAUGCCCAUGGACACGGGCUUUGAUCCCAUGCGGCUGGACCCCUCGCUGAUGAUGUCAAUGGGCAUGGACAUGACCAUGGGCCCUCCAUCAGAAGGCAUCCUUGGAAUGAUUCCUGAAAUGUCACCCGCCCAAACGUUCGGCCAUGCACAAACACCCCGAGUAGACGAAUCAUUUUCAGAUCUCCAAAUCGGUAGUUCGGCCUCCAUGUUCUAUCCCUCAAAUAGACAAUCUUCCAUAGCAGACGCAGGGGUCCCCGACCUCGGUGCAAUCAUCGCUGCCCAAGAUGGCUGGACCGUGUUUCGCUGUACUCCUUCCAUUGCCUCGAGUUCAUGUCCACGCACUGCACGAUUAAACCUUGAGCGUCUGGAGCUCAGUCUGAAGAACCAUGAAGCUUGGAGUAGCUGGACGCCGUCAUGGGACGAGUCGGACUUCCAGCAGGGAGGCCGGAUAGCCGUGUCGAAGCUGCAAGAAUCCACCCGCGACAAGCUCCUCGCCAUCACCCAAAGCUUCCUUCACAAAGCUCUUGAUAUUCACAAAGACGGCAAUAGCACCUCAAGUAGUGGCGAGUCUCCCGGCUCAACGGCCUCUCACUCAAACUUUGUUCUUCUGCCACCCGCUCGUGUGCUCGAAUACUUUCUCAAGUCUUAUGCCAACUCUUUCGAACGCUACUACCCUACGUCGGCGAGAGGUGUCCUGGAUACCAAUGAGCUGAUGCAAAAUUACAAUGACAAGGCGUCGAGCUUGCUCAUCCUCAUGAUGAUUGCACAGGGUGCCAUGACGAUCCCGUCGAUAGAAGCGAGGUGGCUCACUGGUGGCUUCACCGAAGCCUGCCGGAUAUCCCUCUUCGACCUCAUCGAGAAGAACAUCAUCAUGGCCGGUGAUCCGAUCGUUCUGCGCGCAGCUCUUCUCUUCACUGUCCAAGCGGCGUGGAGUGGCGACAAGUGGCAGAUGGACAUUGCCAUGGGCCAGCGCGGCAUGUACUUUUCGAUGCUGCGACACUCUGGGAUCCUGGAUGCGCGGCCACCAACAACCCCUCACAUGAAUGGCUCUUCAACGACUGAUACGCUGUGGAAGGACUGGCUUCAGCAGGAGAGCCGCAGUCGUCUCAUCUAUUCGUGGGUCAUGGUCGACCAAGACUUGUCGCUGUUCCACGACACCGCUCCCUUGUUUUCCGUGACUGAGUUUGGUGCUCCCAUGCCCGAUUCAGAUCGGCUUUGGCAGGCUCAGACCGCUUCCGAGUGGUCCGACAUGUUCAACCAAGUACAUGAAUUCUCAAACGGCUACUCGUCCGUGGGCUCAGGCGCGAGGCCGCCUAGCCUUCGAGACCUCUUCCGCUACUUCUUGGAUGACGAGAUUGUUGUCCAAGAUGUGCAAGAGAUUCAUCUUACGCCCAUGCACCUGCGCCUGCUGCUCCACCCCCUACAGACUCUUGUGUGCCAAUACUGCCAACUGCUCAGCUGCUUCUCCGGCAGUGUUGCAUCAAGGUCGCGCAAUCGGGCACUGACUGCAGCUUCGACUCGGGUUCGCCUGGAAGAAGUGCAGGCGUUGUUGGGACGUUGGUUCGACCUUGCGCAACGUUACAUGAAGGCCAACCCCAUCUGUCCAAUGAUGCAGGCCAACCUGGUCAUGUUCCACCUCAUCAGCAUGAAUGCCGUCUCCAACUUUCCAGAGAUUGAGCGUCUCGCUCGACGAGAAGGUAUCGACGGCUCGUACCAACAGAUACUCUGGAUGCACAAGAAGUGCUUGUCCGAUGUACAAGAGGCCAUCACCCACGCGGGUCAGGUGCUCCGUCUUAUCCGGGAAAUGCCACGAGGCAUUCGUCCUCCAUGGUGGGCCGGUGCCGUUUACCGUGCCGCCCUCAUCGUCUGGACCGACACACUGAUCCAGAAAGAGACGUUGAGCCCGAACCAGCAAGGUGCAUUCCAGCCACCCAACGCGGCCUUCUCCAUCGACCGCCUUCCUGCCGAUCAUCCUACCAUACUGAGAUACAUGUCUCGGAGGGAUGGCAUCCCAGCCCUCACCAAGCGGGACGGCACCCCUGUGCCACUGGAUAACGGCUUCGCUGUCCUCUCGCAUAGUAUCGACAUUAUCGAUGAGGGCGUCGCUACCAGAUUCUCCGACGGCAUCCGCAGCAAGCUGCAAAAGCUUGCGCGCGGCUAA